AUGUUGGGUGCAUUUCCUCCUCGCGUACCUCGACUUGAUGGUAUCCCACGACCAGAGGCAUUUCCAAGAGGACUUCCUGGUGUCCCUCGACCCGAGGUAUUUCCAAGGAGAGCGGCUAACAACAACUCGAGAACAACAACAACAACAACAACAACAACAACAACACAGCAAAGACCGAGACAGCACUAUUAUCGGAAGAUAGAGCAACAAACGCAACGUAAAUUCACCGUAGUACCAUGCGUGUCAUUGACGACAGGAUAUAUGGUGAACCCCACAACAAUGGCAGCCAAGUGGGACACGUUUGAGAAUGUCAAGAUUGUUAUCAACUACAAUUUUCGGAAAAUCACCAUCUACUUUUCGACAUGGAUAAUCCUUACGGUGGACGAGUUGCAUAGGCUCGAUGAGCAAACAGUGUACAAAGCCGAGUUUGAUUUUCGCGACCUUGAAGUGCAUAGUUUACACCCUGAGAAAGAUGGCAGCCAAGGCUUUGCUUAUUUCACUUUGAUUGCCAAACAUCCACCUCAGUAUUGGAAAGAGGAUCCUGCACCCUUGUUUACAAAGCAACAAUCAAAAUGGACACGUUCAACAGAGAUCCCCAUGUAUGAUGGUACAACUUCGAUGCCAUCUAUCAGCCCAUUACAACGACAACAGGAAGAUGUUACACAGUACCUGCCACUCGGCGAAUGGACUGCAUUUCGGUUAAAGAUCUCGCUUACAUCAGGAAGUGGCAAGAACCGGUUCCAUGAGGUACUUGAGUUGGCAACAGCAAGUCGAUUGGUUCCCCAUCCCAAUACACGCUAUCGAUGUGACAAGAAGCUCUUUGUGGUGGAUGCAUUUGACUACAUGAUGCGGUUGCCAGGCACCAGCACGCGUCGUCAUGGAUUGUCGUCGGCAACGAUUCCGAGCGCCAUUUUCGAAAAUUUUGACAUGUACUACACGCUUGAGUCGUACUUUUCACACCGAAUCCUUAUUCCUGCCACCGUGGACGAGACGUUUUAUUCAUUGUAUGCAGACAUGACACCUACUCAAGCCUAUAGCGCAUUACGCUACAUGAUGGCCAUGGUGGAUACAGGUCUUGAUGAUGAUGAUGACGACAGCAGCACUGUUACGGGUGGUGCAACAAGUAGCAUUGAAUCACGGCAUAUUUGGAACCCCACUGAAGCCCUACGUGAUUUAAUGCGAAAGCCGCUCUUUGCCGACAUGGUAAAGGAAACCACCCCACGCAACAAACGAAAGAACAAGGACAAUGUCAAGAUUCGAAAGGUGCUUGUCACACCGACCUCGCUUAUUUACGAGCUGCCACAAAGUGAACCUGCCAACCGUGUACUACGUCACUAUAAGCAACAUGCCGAUCGCUUUAUUCGAGUCCAGUUUAUUGAAGAAGGUCAACAUCGUCUUCAAACUUCGUCACGUCCCCACCACAGCAGCGCGGAGGUUUAUCAACGUAUUUCACAUGCACUCAAAUACGGGAUCCAGGUUGGACAGCGUCAUUAUGAGUUCCUUGCCUAUUCAAGUUCCCAACUACGUGAACAUGGAUGCUGGUUCUUUGCAUCGACGGAUACCUUGAAUGUUGACAUGAUUCGUGAGUGGAUGGGUGAUUUCUCUAAUGAGCAUGUUGUGGCCAAGUGUGCUGCUCGUAUGGGCCAGUGCUUUUCGUCGACGUAUCCCACUGUGCAGUUACAAAAGAACCAGGUGUUGGAGAUGAAGGAUGUCAUACGGGAGGUGCGCUCAGAGGAAAAUCCUGAGGAGGCUCCAAAAGUAUAUACAUUUUCGGAUGGUGUUGGAUGCAUCUCGUCUAGCUUGGCAAUGAUGGUGGCUACGAAGAUGCGAUUAUCAGGCACAGCUUAUCCUAGUGCGUUUCAAUUCCGUUUGGGUGGUGCCAAAGGCGUCUUAUCAGUAUCUCCCACGAUUCCCGGUGGCAAACUUGCAUUACGGCCAAGCCAGAAAAAGUUUGAUUCGAAUCAUCGCAUGCUUGAAAUCAAUCGUGUAUCCACUCGCUCGAUCGCUUUCCUCAACAGGCAAAUCAUUGUGAUCCUUUCUACGUUGGGUGUGGCUGAUGAGGCGUUUUUGGAUUUGUUGCAUGAAAUGCUUGAGGAGCUCGAUUGUAUCACGUCCGAUCCAGAUCGCUGCAUAGCCAUGUUACGCGCCAAUUCAGAUGAAGAUGGCAUAUCACGCGAAAUGGCAGCUUUGGUCCAACAUGGUUUUCUUGCAUCGGGUGAUCCUUACAUUGCCCAUUUGCUCCAUGUGUAUCGCUUAUGCAAACUCAAGGAGGCCAAAAAGCGUGCCAAAAUUCCCGUGGUCAAAGGGGCACAUGUACUUGGUGUCAUGGAUGAAACCAAUACCUUGAAAGAGGACGAGGUGUUUUGCCAACUUUCGGAUUCCAGCCACACUGAAGCAUCACGUCAUAUUGUCACGGGCGAAUGCCUCGUCUUUCGAUCACCUUCCUUACACCCUGGCGAUGCACGUGUCUUGAAAGCCGUUGAUUGUCCAGAGCUUAAACAUCUUCACAAUGUCAUUGUGUUCUCGUCAAAGGGCCAACGUGAUGUCCCAAGCAUGUUAUCAGGUGGUGACCUUGAUGGUGACACUUAUAGCAUUAUAUGGGAUGAAAGACUCUAUCCAAGCAGAGAGAUGCGCAAUAGAGAGCCCAUGGAUGUGACACCAUUGGAACCCAAAAAGGUGGAUAACGUGGAGAUCAGCGACAUUCAUGACUUUUUUGUUGAAUACAUUGAAAACGACAACCUGGGUCUUAUUGCCAAUGCACAUCUUGUUCGUGCUGAUCUAUCCGAUGUUGGUGUAUCGGAUCCCAUUUGUAUGGAGUUGGCUCAAUUACAUUCGCAUGCCGUUGACUUUCCAAAGACAGGUGUCAAGGCAACUUUACCCGAUCAAAUGCGUGCUGGAGUCUAUCCCGAUUUCAUGGAAAAGAAGGACAAGCCAUCUUAUGAGUCGCCAAAGAUCCUUGGGCAGCUCUAUCGCUCCAUCAAAUCGGGCGAGUUUCAGCAUUAUCGUGCCCAACUACGCACCAAGAAAACCGAGUACGACAAGCGUUUACGUUAUCCUGGCAUGGAAAAGUACAUUGCACGAGCUCGGCGCAUGAAGCGAUAUUAUGAUGAAGAAUUGACGAGUCUCAUGGACCAAUUUGGUAUCCCCACGGAAGCUGAAUUCAUGACGGGAUGCAUUAUCCGCACGUAUAGGCAGGAUGAGCACAAGAGUUAUUACGAGUUACGAAGCAUGGCACGUCGAGAAAUGAUGCGACUCAAGGAACAUUGGCGAUGUAGCGAGUUUGUCACAUUGAGGAAAAGGGCGAAAAAGUCACCUACGCGUGAGGAGGUUGAGCAAGAUUGUGCCAAAGCAGCAGCCUUUUAUUACGUGACCUAUCAUUGGGAUGAACAAGAAAAGGCACAAUUGUACUAUGGCGCGUACCGCAAGAAUCGCAAUUUGCUACUUAGCUUCGCGUGGUUAGCACAAGAUCUUCUUUUCAGGAUUCUAAAGGAAUAUCAAUUUGGCAUCCUUGCACCCUGUCAAGACCCAAUCGCACCCGUGGAAGAAGAUUACGAGUCAUUUGAAGAAUACCUGGAGUCUGAUUUUAGUGAUGAGGAACCUGUUUCAGAUGAUGGUUGCUAUUGA